AUGACCAAGAGGCAAAUCACAAGAAAAUGGGAAAUGUUCGCUGGACGGAACAGAUUCUUCUGCGAUGGCCGGUUGAUGAUCGCGCCCAACUCUAGCAUCUUCGUUCUCACCGUUUUGCUAAUUACAAUCACCAGCACAUUGUUUUUUAUUUACGAUUGUGCGUAUUUAGCGGUGAAUGUCACUAUUGCGAUACCAAUCAUCGGCGCCUUGCUUUUCCUCUUUACCAUGCUGUCGCUAUUACGCACAUCACUCACCGACCCCGGAAUUAUCCCGAGAGCGACACCCGAUGAGGCCGCUUACGUAGAGAAACAAAUCGAAGUAACAAAUUCGGCGAAUUCGCCGACGUAUAGGCCUCCACCACGCACGAAAGAAGUGAUCGUCAAGGGGCAGACGGUGAAGUUGAAGUACUGCUUCACGUGCAAGAUUUUCCGACCGCCACGUGCCUCACACUGCAGUUUGUGUGAUAAUUGCGUUGAUCGUUUCGAUCAUCACUGUCCUUGGGUUGGUAAUUGCGUCGGCCGAAGGAAUUACCGCUUCUUCUACAUGUUUAUAGUCUCUUUAGCGUUUCUCGCCGUAUUUAUAUUUGCUUGCGCAAUAACUCAUUUAAUUCUAAUUAGUAAGGACGAGAGUGGUCAAUUCCUGGAAGCCGUUAAAAAGUCACCGGCCAGUCUGAUAGUAGCACUGAUAUGCUUCUUCAGUAUCUGGAGUAUUCUCGGCCUCGCCGGCUUCCACACAUACCUCACAACCAGCAAUCAAACCACAAACGAAGACAUCAAGGGUUCAUUCGCGUCGAAACGCGGCCAGGAGCCGUUCAAUCCGUACUCGCAGGGCAAUGUGUGUUUAAAUUGCCUGCAAAUCCUCUGCGGACCAUUGGGUCCCUCUCUAAUCGACAGGCGUGGAAUUGUCACCGACGAGUACAAAGCCGAACUGUCCAAGCACCCUAUCACCGAGCAAGUGCAUUUACCCCAGAAAAUGUACGGCCUGCCCAUUGCGCCCGUUAGUAUUAAUAACGCGCCGCCGAUAACAGCCGACAUGCCGGGCGUGUACCGCCAGACGACGGAAAACACAGAGUCGAACGCUGGCAGUGUCACACAACUGGUGAACAACGAACAACCGCUGGCGAUUGUCGCGAUGUCAGAGGCCGCAUCCAAUCUAAAACCCACGCAGUACACCUCGCAGCCAUGUCUGAAUUCGGCGCCGGUGUACAGUAAUGUCGCGAGUGAAUUGACCAAGUCGCAGUCGCUGUCGCAGAACCUCGACGCGCACAUUGACGUCGAGGAUUUAUAUCUCGACCCGGUGGAGAUGUCCGACGCGCUGGUGCAUAACAACGCGCUCAACGCGACGGAUAAACGCAAGCUGGAGAACAACGACCUCACGCCUAAAGAUAAGGAGAACCUCCUGAUGAGCGCCAACCGCAUGCAGAUGCUGCGCGAGACGACGAUGAUCGAGAGCGCGCUCGAUCUGGAUUGAUCCGAACGGACCUCUUUUAGCGUUUUUAUUUUGUAUAUGUUAUAUUAGUAGAGUUUUAUUUAACUGCGCCCGAAGCAGACGGACACUUACGCAUCAUAGGAGUAUUUAUUUUUGUACGAAACUGGCAAUAUUUUUUUACAUUUACGAAUAAUAUUGGUUUCGUCGGCCGUUUCAUGUGACUAGUUUUAAGCAUCACACACACACACACAAAUAUCGUUCAAUCAUUUGUAUAGAUUUGUAUUUAAUACUUGUGAGUUUCUGAGAUAUGUUCGACUUUUGUAAUGAGAAUUUCUAAGACUUUUCCAACGCGAACGAAUCAAAAGUUAACUAAGAGAUGCCGGUUCAGAGGUGAAUAUCGUUCAAUGCUUUACAAUGUGAUCUAACUUUAACUAUACUUAAGUUAAUGCGUAUUCAUUGAUUGAUGAUAGACUUUUAUAUGUUUUUAUUUCUAAUGCGUCUUAUUUUUGUAUUAAUACGAGAAAUCGAAAUAUUCUAUUAUUGUUAAGAAGCGUCGAGUUAAAUAUUGAACUGAGGGAUGAGGCAUCACGAGGGUACGAGAAGUUAUUGUUAAUACGAAGAUACAAUUGAAAUACGAUGGCGAAUGUUAUCGUGGUUAUAAAUAUAUGUAAGUAUGCGUUUA